GUCAGCUCUGGUUGACUCUGACAGGCAGAGUCGGAAACCCGUCUCCUUAAUUAUCUAAAGUGUGCUGAUGGGGGAGUAAAACACCGACAUUUGAAAAAGAGAGAAACACAAUGUGUUGAAAUGUGCUCAGUCUUCGGUCCAGCCCCGAGACAAGGAAACACCAUGAGGCUCUCGUCUGUCUCGUCCCCUCUGCUGGUUCUUCUCCUCGCCCUUCUCGGACUCGUAGGGAGGACCUCGGGAUGGGACUCGGAUGACUGGGAAAAGCUUCACUUUGAUGUGAGGGACAUGUUAGCGGUUUCAACCGAGUCGCCACCAACUCCUCAAUUCCACUGGAAGCAACGCCUGCUUCCAAAGGAUGAUGACAGCUCCGAUAUGUCCUUGCCACCAAACCUCCUACUGCCCCUAAAAUCGAUACUUUCCGGUGACGCUACGUUGGAGACAGAGAGCUCAACUCCAUCUGACCUGGAGGAAAAAUGGAAUACGCUUUCGCUGCUGGGAAAAAAGAUGACAGCCCUGACGCAAGAAAUAUUGAAGAUUGGCUUUCUGUUGCUCCGGGACUUUCUGGGUAUUGCCGCGGUGGACUCUCCCGACAUGCCAGCCUCCAAGUGUAGUGGCCCUGGGUGUGUUGUUGAACCAACUGUUGCACCAACUGUAGAGGGGGAAAAAUAGGACUACCCCCUCCCCCUUCUCCCCAAAAGAGAACGAAAGAGAUUGAAUAAAUUAGGUCUAGAUCUAUAUUAUGUCGUGUUUAGCUCGUGGUACGUAGACACUGGAAAUACACUUGAUACCAGAUGUUGUCCUGUCACCUUUCCAAUAAAACAAUACCAAAUACU